GACAAAGAAAUUUGUAUAUAAUACAAAGAUAAAAUAUAAAAAAUGCCACAAGGAAAGCUCAAAGUUAAAACAAAAUUGCCAACAUCAGUAAAAGCAAAGGCCAGUAAAGCCAAGAAAAGCACUAAAAGACGUGGAAAUGCUCCAGUUCAACCUAAAAAGACAAGGUCUCAAGAGACACAAAAGUUAAAGAAGAUGAUUGCCAAAACAGUGAACAAUGCAAUGGAAAAUGAAUUACGAGAGAAAGCCUUAGAGGGAAGGAAAACACUUACAAAGAAAGGUCCUUCUAACUCGCAAAAGUAACAUUAUUAUAUAUAUUCUCUUAUAUUUUUAUGUACUAAAAUAUUGUACAUAUUAAGGCAA